UGCGUAGAGAGGAACGCGGGGGGCUGCAAAAGUGCCGACGAGCCAAAGCCGAUAAGUCUUAGCGGCGCGAUCGGUCUUCUGGCGAGCUAGUUGCCGCUAAGAAACGCCGGAGUGUGCUUGCGAUCAAGGCUACUUUUGUCAAGCUGCGAUCGGCAAUUAAAUAGAUCAAGAAUAAUGGCCAGCAUAGUUGAAGUGCCACGCGAAAACCUGACGGCUCAAGAAAUCGGCCGUCGAAAUGCCGUGCCAAUCAUAUACGCCAGAGGUACUCACUACGAAAUUGGAUUUGAUAUCGGCAGGACGUUCGCCAAGAUCAUUCGGGACUUUGUCGAUCAGUACGGACCACUGAACGAAACCUAUCUGGCACUUUACGAGACGCCGGAUGGCAGAAGAGUUUACGACGAGACGCUUGCCUGUGUCGAGGAGCAGUUUCCGCAGUACUUGAGAGAAAUCAGAGGUACUGCCGAUGGAUCCGGAGUGCCUUUUUACAAGCUAUUUCUCAUGCAUCUCGACGACAUCGUACCGAAUGUGGCGGCGAAUGGCGCAAGUGGAAAUAUCCAACCAGUCGGCUGCUCCACUGUGAUUUGCAAUCAGCCUGGACAGGAAAUACUGGGUCACAACGAGGACGCCCUCAGCGAAACUCUGAAUCACUGGUACUUGGUGGAUGCCCACGUAACGGAGCCGGGCUACCCGGACGAGAAGUUCUGCUCGUUGAGCUACGCAGGCUUCUUGCCUGGUUACACCAUGGGCUACAACCACCACGGCCUUGUCUAUUCCAUCAAUACUCUCAGCGCUAAAUCUCUGCGCUCGGGAAAAACGCCAAGGUACUUCAUUACGCGAUCGCUGCUGAGCGCGGAAAAUUACGUGCAGGCGCAGAUGAUCUUGCGAAACGAAGGCUACGGCGCGGCCGAGGGAUUCGCCGUGAACAUGACGUUCCAGCAGGAGGGCGAUCGUAUGUUUCACAACGCCGAAAUCGGGCCGGUCGAGAAGGGACAAGCUUAUUCGCAACUGAGCAUACAAACGGCCAGUCCGGGAGAAUACUUUUAUCAUUGCAACAAAUAUAUGCGGUUACCGGUGCCAGAAGUCGAUGGUUUGAUAAUCGACAGUAGCAUUCACAGGAUGCAAGCGAUAUGUAGGCAUUCACCACCAGAAAACCUUCAAGAUUUAAUCAACAUACUGAGCGAUCAAACGGAUGACGAUUUUCGCGUCUAUCAAGAAAUCCAACCAAGCGAUUUCGUCAAGACCAUUGCAACUGGCAUUUUCGAUUGCGUAAGGAAAACUUGGUCAAUUUAUACGGAUAAGCCAAACUGUACUAAGCCAAUUGUAGUGCUUCCACUGAAGUUCAAGAAUGACGACGCAGUGUGUUGGAAUACAUAAAUGAUAGGGUCACUACCUCACUCCAAAGAUUAUUAUUAUUCGUAAAAUCUCACCAAAAUGUAUUAACAUUGAAAUUCAUACCAAUGCAUCUGUCUUGCCUGAUAUACAAGUGUAUUAAUUAUGAAAAUAUGUAUUUCACUUUUCUUUUUUUUUUUUCUAAAUAAAGUGCAGAUAGCACAUGCGUCAAAAAUGAGUCAUUUAUUGCACGAAUGACAACACUACUUCCUACAUAAGGUCGUAAUUUUUUUAUUUUGCUACGGGCUCUAAUCAUCAUUGUCUUUAUGGCAAAUGAAAAAAAUUACUGGCAAUCCUUGUUACAAGUGUAUAUAUAUAAUCAUGAGUUGCUUACUUGAUAUCGAAUGUAUCGAGAACAAAAGUGUUGCCACGUGAUUGUUGUUCUCCUGAAGAGGUAAUCGAUACGAGAUAUACACAUCUCUCAACCCGAAUGUGUUGCGUAUUAAUAAAUAACAAGUUCAUUUUAAAGAAUUAAACGAGCUCGAUUCGGAUGACACAUUCCGUCGGAUUAAAGUAUCGAAUAGACGCAAAGGCGCGGUUAUUCUGACGCGACGCGGCGGUCACCAAUUCCGUCGUAAUCAUUUUUUAUCCUGUGAUUCUCGCAAAAUUGUCAUAUUGUGCGGAGAACGACCGUCAUCUGCGUACAACAUACUGCGCAACACGCGCAACUAAUAUACAACUUGCUGCAUACUGUACUGUUUGCCACGGUCUUAACGACGUCGCUUGAUUGGAUUGCUCGAUAGACGCGAAAAUCGUCAUCCAUUUGAUCGCUCAGUAUGUCGAUUAAAUCUUGAAGGUUACCUGGCGGUGGAUGCCUAUACGUAUUGCUUGCAUUUUGCGAAUGCUAUGUCGAUCAUAAAACCAUCGACUUUUAGUACUGGUAGCCCCAUUUAUUCGAAGUUCGGGAAAUUUGAAAACGCAAUUAUUUAACGGUGCCGAACUUAAUUUUGUCACUAUUGACCUGUUUAGUUUAAAUCGUUAAAAGAACUGAAUCUUGAAAAUCAUAUUUAAAAAUAUUACUAGUGAAAUUGUUUAUCUAUUGGAAUUUUUAAGAUUUAGAUGUACACUUAAUUUCCUUUUUCUUCGUUCAAGCCAAAGUUAUGUUAAUAAUUAAAAGUAGAUAAAACUUCAAUAACAAAAUAUAAAAAUAUUGAAAAUUAUCAAAAUACAUAUAUUUAACUCCUACUA